CAGCAGACUUUCGUUGCCCAGAUUUCAUCAUCUGUCCAGUAGUUGAAGCAACACACUGACAGACACUUACCUCAUCUGGUAAAGUGCAGGGAAUAAUGAUUUGCUGCUGCUGGUUUCAUUGUUUGGUCAGGCGUUUUGCAGCAGCCAGCGUUAGUUCUCUGAAAUCAAAGGCACGAGUUAACUAUGACUCCCAUGGUGCAUUUUAGCAUCAAUAUCCAAUCACUGAGCUUAAAAUCCUUAAUCAUUUUAUUUUCACAUAAAAUAAACACUGAACUGCAGCUCUGACUCAGCUGCCUCUCAGCAGUAAGGACAGCUGAGGCUUAUGGGUAUUGUAGUCUUUAGAACUGACAGGAAAACAGUUGAAACAAUCGCAAGCCUCGUGUGUCUGUUGUUAGAAAAGUGUUAAAUAGAUUCACACUUAUCAGUGAAAAUAUGCUGAUGCAUUGUGGGAAAUGUAGUAUCCAGUGUUUUUGGAGCUUGAGCCAAAGCAGAGGUGAAAGGUCAGGCUCUGCUGCUCUGAUUUUGAUGGUUCUGUUCUGUCUCUUCCUCCCAGCUCGAAGAAGGAGCGACUUUAAAUCAGUGGAAUGAGCCUUUAAUAUCUUGCAGGUAAACAGUGAGUGUCUCUGUCACUCGGGCUUUCCCCAUUCUCACUUCCUCCAUCUACACCUCCCUCUCUUUGUCUCAUUCACUUUAUUCCUCAUUCUGUCACUCUCACAACCCCCACCCCACCCCACACACACACACACCCCGAUGGGCGGUGUACGUAGCUGCAUGUGCGCCCCUCCUCUCCCAUAAUGUCUGGAUAAUAGCGGGUGUCAAGUGGAUUUGAACUUGCAGCCAGUGCUGAGAGGUGGAAGAGGUCCGGACCGAGAGAGGAGCCGCUGCUGCUGCUGCUGCACCGCUCACACGCUGCUGUUCAUCUGGGACCUCCGGGAAUUUGGUUUGGAAAAGUUUUCAGUCACAAACCGGACACGAGCCAACUGGAUUUUCGGACUUUUCUGUAGGAGUUAGAAGAUUGUGUUGAGAUGAUUCCUCACAUCCUCACACACCUGCUCUGUCUGGUGUGUCUGUGCUCUGCUCGUCCUCAACCAGCACCAUCACACUCAAUGAGGAUGGAGAAGAACUCCCCUGCAGUUGGUUCUCUGGCGGGCCGGGUGGUGCUGCCCUGUCACUUCUCCAUAAUGCCGCCUGCUCCUAGCAGCUUGACCCACGCCCCCUCACACACCACAAACACUCCCACACCUGCACCUUUCCUCCUCCCCAACGCUCCUCAAACCCCCAGUCCUGAGGAGCUGCUGAGGAUCAAGUGGACGAAGCUGGAGGGAGAGGGGGAGAAGGUGGUGCUGGUGGCCCAGGGAGGUGUGGUCAAGGUGGGCCAGGAGUACAGGAACAGGGUGUCAGUGGCCAGCCACCCGCUGUCGAUCGGGGACGCCUCUCUGAUGAUAGUGAAACUCAGGGCCAGUGACGCAGGGCUGUACCGCUGUGAGGUGAUGCACGGGAUGGAGGAUACUCAAGACACCGUCAGCCUCAACGUCACCGGUGUUGUGUUCCACUACCGAGCGAGGACCAGCCGCUACACUCUGGACUUUCCUGGAGCUGUGGAUGCGUGUCGUGCUGCUGGCGCCUCCAUCGCUUCACCUGAACAACUGAUGGCUGCUUUUGAGGACGGCUUGGACCAGUGUGACGCAGGCUGGCUCGCCGACCAGUCGGUCAGAUAUCCAAUCACCUUGCCUCGUUCCGGCUGUUUGGGUGAUCUGAUGAGCAGGCCAGGAGUGAGAACGUACGGCAUCCGCGACCCCACAGAGAAAUACGAUGUGUACUGCUUCGUAGACAAACUACACGGUGAGGUCUUCUACCCUCCAUCUCUCAGCGAUAAGCUCACUCUGCAGCAGGCGAGAGAGGAGUGCGAGAAGCACGAUGCUGUGCUGGCGUCGCCCGGUCAGCUGUUCGCUGCCUGGAGGCAGGGGCUGAACCGGUGCGACUACGGCUGGCUGGCCGACGGCAGCGUCCGCUACCCCAUCACCGUCCCCAGGCCUCAGUGUGGAGGCGGUCUGCUGGGCGUUCGCACGCUUUACAAAUACGAAAACCAAACCGGCUACCCAGACCCCACAGACAAGCACGGAGCUUUCUGCUUCAAAGCCAAACUACCGGAGCCGACGACCAUGAGUCCAGCGAUGACUCCAGCCGCCUACAAACCUGACGACUCUACGUCUGAACCCCACACUCCAACAGCAGAGCCACUCUUAGUCCCUGAAAGAGCUGAAAUUCAAAGAGCACCAGAGCCUGUUGCACAUUCAACAGAGAGACCACACACAGCCUCACCCGACCAACACGGACUCCCCCACACCUCCCCUCACACCACAGCCGCCGUGACCCCCACUCCCAUCCUAGACGACGACGAUAUCCAACAGUUUCACGUAAACAGGGUCGAGGCGGUGCCAGCUAGAGGAGACGUCGUGGACCCCAUGCAGCUCCCCCCGUUACCCACCACCCGCUCACAGACCGCACACCUUGACAUCUUCCACGGCGGAGAGGAGGGAGGCCAAGCGGGGGCAGGCCGAGACGAGAGCAGCGGCAGCGGGGAGGGAGGCAGCAGCGAUGACAGCUCCAGUGGGACUGAGGUGGGAGCAGCGGUGACCCCAACACAGGUGUGGGCGGAAACCAUAUCGAAACCAAGCUGGCUUCCAGAGAUGACCACAGGGCCGGAGCUGGGCGUAGAAACCACAUUGAAACCAUUGCACCUUCCAGAGAUCACUCUACAGCACGUCGACUCAGAGAUCCUCACCCCAGAGCCAGGCCUCCCAGUCGGCAGUGGAGACGCCGGGCAACAGCAGCAACAACAACCUGCAGUGGUUUUUAAAGAGGAUGUCACCCCCGCAGCUGCGCUGACAGUUGACCUCGACCCGUUGCUGGCCUUUCCUGCAGGUGGUGAAGAGACGUCGGCCAAACCACCUUUCCAUCUCAUCAUCGUUAACAUCCACGACAAGAAUCAGUCAGUUGACCAGAUCCUGGAUAUCCUGAACCAGCCUGUGAGCGGCGUCGAUGGCCCCCAGUCCCUGUUCCCCCAGAUCACUGACCUUUCACAGAUAACCAGCGAGGCCAUUCAGAGCAGCGGAGACAUCGACUCUCUCGAUCCUGCGCCCAUCAACCUGCCUCCAACUGUCAGCUUUGUCAAUGGAAAACAUGAGGUGACAUUUGAACCAGAGCGACCAGAGGAAGCUAGAGGGGAUCAGUUUGAGACAGCUACUCCUGUUCGGGUAGAAGACAUUGUCGUAGAGAAGGAGGAGGAGACGGAGGAAAGCGCGACUCCUUUUGACUACAGUGUCAUUGAAAUCCACACAGAGGAGACGCCUACAGAGGAGACGAGCGAUGCCGUCACUCACACUCCAGAUACGUACCCAGAUGAAGUUACAGACACGGUUCCUUAUGUCUUUACUGACUUUGACAGAGUCACAACUCAAGAACCAGAUGAUCAGACCAUCACCACACCCCCAUAUACACCCCAUGUCUCAUCACCAGCCCCUACCACACCAUCGGGCCCAGUCCUCCCCGGAGUCUCUCAGCCUGUCAGUGCUGCGGUCUCCGUCUACGAGGACAUGGAGGGUUCUGCAAGCGUAAGCACUGACGUUGUUAUGCAGGAGGGCUCUGCAGACGACGUGUCGCCCACCCCGGCCUCAGACAUCCAGUUAGGUGUGAUGACAGAUGAGACUGAAAUUGGGGGGACAGAGCCUCCUACUUUUGUCCCAGACACAGAGUCACGAGAGACCACCACCCAGACCCAGACUGAGGACUUUGAGGGUUCUGCCUCUGGAGAAGACGAAGCGUCAGGGCAAGAGCCACCAGAGACGCCCGGUCUUACCAGCACAGUACAACCCAUUCACUCUACCCUUCACACCCAGCCGCCUCAACCUGCAGCAGGUACCGAGGUCACAGAAGUCCCUGUAGUUUUACCAGCUGUGGAAACAGCCGCAGAAACAGGCUCAGGUGCAGAGCAGCCAUCUGGAGAGGGGGAGGCUUCUGGGGAAGCGGGUGAUGUGGUUGACCUUUCUGGAGAGGUUGCUGUUACAGUUUUACCAUCUGUAGCAGCUGUUGGAGAGCACACCACCCUCACCACACACAUCGACCUCAGAGCCCAGCACACCCACACCCUCCACACAUCCCUUCCUCGCUGCCACAGACGACCACACCCCCACGCUCCACCGAAGUCCUACAGAGAGCAGACUGAGAGGCCCACCACAAGUUCCACCAAGUAUGUAAGCCAGUCAGUGCUCUCCACCACAUCGCCCUUGUACACUUUUGAUCAAAGCACCCACUCGGUCCCCCAGUGGGCUCUGUCUCCCGACCCGGCUGCCACUCCUCUCCCAGACGACGAAUUUGUGGACUAUGACAAAGAGAUCGCCCCUUCUCUGGUGAAGGUACCAGAUGAGACCGUGGCCACAGAGCAGCCAGAGACCGGCACUGACUCAGCUUAUUCUGUGGAGGCCAGCACUGUGAAUAUUAGAGAUCUCCUGCCGUGCUCAGUCAGUGAGUGUCAGAACGGAGGCUCCUGCUACAAGAAGGGAGCACAAAACAUCUGCGUGUGUGCACCUGGAUACACUGGACAGCACUGUGAAACGGAUGUUGAUGAGUGCCAGUCUAACCCGUGUCUGAACGGAGCCACCUGUCUGGACGGAGUCAACUCCUUCACCUGUCUCUGCCUGCCGAGCUACGCAGGAGAGCUCUGUGAACAAGACACUGAGGUGUGUGGAUUUGGUUGGCAGAAGUUUCAGUCUCACUGCUAUAAGUACUUCACACACCGUCGGACCUGGGAUGCUGCAGAGAGGGAGUGUCGGCUGCACGGCGCCCACCUGACCAGCAUCCUGUCACAGGAGGAGCAGCUGUUCGUCAAUCGUCUGGGCAGUGAUUAUCAGUGGAUCGGCCUGAACGACAAAAUGUUUGAGAGGGACUUCAGAUGGACGGACAGCAGACCAAUGCAAUAUGACCACUGGAGGCCGAACCAGCCGGACAGCUUCUUCCAGUCAGGAGAGGACUGUGUGGUGAUGAUCUGGCACGAGGACGGACAGUGGAACGACGUGCCCUGCAACUAUCACCUGACCUUCACCUGCAAGAAGGGAACAGUGUCCUGUGGGCAGCCGCCUGUGGUGAAGGAUGCUCGGGUGUUUGGGGCCAUGAAGCCUCGAUACGAGAUCAACUCCCUGCUCCGCUACCACUGUAAACAGGGCUUCAUCCAGAGACACGCCCCCACAAUUCGCUGCCGGGCCAACGGCCAAUGGGACGCACCCAAAGUCACCUGCACGAGCCCCGCAACUUACCACAAGUCAUUUACUCUGCGGCGCCACAACAACCAGAACAACGAGCAGCAGAACAGACUCUACAACUAUCACAUUCAUCAUCACACCAAGAGUCAUCAGAAACACACUCAAACCCAAGAGCAGCAGCAGACUUACAGCACCCUGCAGAACCUCUGGAUCCCUCUGCAGAAUCGAGUCCAGCAGUUUUUCAGGGAGAAGAGGGAGGUGCCGGUCCACACACACAAUAACGAGGAUCAGAUGAGACACUGAUUGGGUUUGUGGUUUUUAAUAAAUCAGCUUCACAGCGGCAGCCAAUCACAGCAGGCGGGCUGUGUCAGUGCAGAGGCAUCGAUAGACAGACAAAUGUACUGAACUGUCUAUCAAUGUCUCUGAGGAGGAGGAGGAGGAGGGAGACGUUUCACCAGUACAUUGUCCACAAACACUCCAGGAUCUGAACCGUAACACUAGUGAGAGUUUAGUCAGUUAGCUCAGAUUAUAUCAGAUCUCUCUGCAGCGUCACAGUGCAAACAGGAGGUCUGGUGCAUUAAUGGCCUCACUGUGUGGUCAGUUUAACAGUCAACCACACGGGUGGUCUGUGAAACUGAGUGAGUCAUCACACUUAGAUUCUGUGUUGAGUUUGUCUGAACACAGUUUAACCCAGAGCCUUCUGUGGGAUCUUACUGUGAGGGUGCCCUGUGGAGUUGAACCAUCAGUUAUGUUUCCAUUCACUGUCUAUUCCUUUAUCAGAAAGCAUCAGUAAAGCACAUUUUAUAAAGCUAGAGCUAAUCUACUAGCAUGGCUAUUAGAGAGAUAUGAACAUCUGCUUACGCGUCUUUGUAUCAGCUCCUGUUCUCCAGCGAGCAACCAUCAUCUUUCUCACCUUUGUUGGUGUCUUGCUGCAUUUUUACCACGUUAACUCCAGCAGGACUCUGCAUCACAUCACACACAACAUGUCGCUCCGUAGCACCACCGGUGAUCGACAACUCCACACGGCACCUUUAAUUUUUUUAAUACACGGCACAUACAGAACCAGCAGUGUAGUGUCUCACUACCAGAACACAAUACUCACUGAAAUCUGUGGUUUAUUUUUCUAUGAGUUAGUCCAGUAGUUUUGAUGAUAAAGAGCAUGAAUUCAUCAGUUUAAAUUAUUAUCGCAGAACAGUUUCAGUUUGUCCACACUCCGUUCAUGCUGCUUAUUAUGACCCUUUUUUUACUGGUUGAUUUCCCUUGUAGAUUUUUUGUACAAAAUGUUUUAGCAUAGAAAAGGUUUUUAAAGGAGAGGGGAGAUUUAAAGGGCGGCACACAGAGCUAAAGAGCAGGUGGUAGAUUAUUAUGAAUGUGUGGUGUGUGUGGCUAUUAAUCAUAGGAUAUAUAAUAUAGAUACUAUAUGAAGCCAUAUGAAUUUAACUUAUUGUAUACUUUAAAACUAUGAAUGGACUGUGAUAUUAAAUAAAGGUCAUUGGAACUGAAGUGAUUCUGUUAAUGAUGACUUCCUUGCUGUUUACAGAGUCUGUUCGUGUUGUUUCAGAGAACAUCUGAUCAUUUUCAGUCGGCGAUGCUGCCGUCGCAGAUGUUCGCUGCAUUUGUUUUAGCGACGUUAGUCGAGCUGUUGAUGCUUUUAACUGUGCUGUGACUCAAAAUCAACCCAACAGAUCCACCACCAAAAUGCUCCUGGUUAUUACUGAACAUUUUCCACAUGGUUGAGUUGAGUUUGGGGGUGUUCUCAGCUAGAUGUAGUUAUGUUGCUGUUUUGCUACAGAUCUGGAAACUGUGUUUUUAACCCAACAAAUAAGGGAAUGUGAAAAAUACACAAGAUUUUUUUAUGUGAUCCUUAUGCAUUUUAACUUCUUUUUCCAUGUUCUUCAUACAUUUUUCUUUUUAUAUACUGUUUGUCAAUGUAUAUGCAUUUUUAAAGUCUUUUCUACUCCAUGUGGUUGAUGGGGUUUACUGUGUCUGUGGCACAAGAGCUUAUUUUUGUGUAAUCAUUGUUUUUUCUUUCUUCAUUCAAGUUACUGUAAAAAUGUGCAUCAUCCUGGUUUCAGUGUCAUUGUCAGCUGUUUGUGCAAUAAUAUGAACUCUUAUAACACAA